CCGCACACUCCAUUGAAUGACGCAAAAGAUGGAAGUUUGCUUAGAAGGAGAAGGAAGAAGUAAUUAUCUUUAUAAAAGAAAAGAUGGCGUCGCAUGUGGUGGAGCCAUCUGAUAGCGCGUACGCGAAUAGGUGGUUCUUCUUACGGAAACCUAAUGGGAAGAUCCGUUGGAUCCAGGGUCUUCAGAAGGUGAAUGCGGUCACCAUCCAGGAUGUCGGGUCCAUACCGCAUGCUGAUCUAUUAGCGGAAGGAGCUGCAAGCAGAUCCAUCUACUCCGUCUACGAUCUAUUUUCAAGAUAUGAUGAGAUACCUCUAGAUCGUAGAGAUAGACACCUUACCGCGAUGCAUACGCCUCUCGGAUUGGUGCAGAUGAUGGUCGUGUCUAUGGGUUGGACCAAUGGAGCUGCGGUCUUUCAGAGAGCCAUGGUAGUCGUUCUGAAAGACUUCAUUCCUGAUAAAGUUGUCUUUUUGGAUGACUUCCCGAUAAAAGGGUCCGUACUGAAAGAUGAGACGGAGGUCGCUCCUGGCGUCAGGAGAUUCGUGCAGCAGCAUUUGACAGACAUCUACGCGGUCCUGGAACAACUAGAUGAUGCUAAUCCAACGGUCAGUGGAACGAAGAGCUGGUGGGUUGUCUCGUCGAUUAAGAUUUCGGGGUUCAUAUGUGAUUCGAGAGGACGGCGAGCAGACCCAUCGAAACUAGAUAAACUCUUGAACUGGCCAACUCCGUUGCAUAGCGCUACCGAAGUCGGCCAAUUCCUAGGAGUUGUAGGUUACUGGCGGAUUUUCAUACGUAGGUACGCGGAGAAAGCAGAGCCUCUAUGGACUCUCCUUAGGAAAACGGAGCAAUUUUACUGGGGAUCUUCUCAGGAGCUCGCGGUAUUGACCCUCAAGGAAAAGUUUAAAGAAGGGGGACGAAUCCUAGGAGUACCUUACUUCGAGGACGAAACCAAUAGGCCCUUCAUAGUGUCUACGGAUGUUAGGCCGUGUUCAGUUGGAGGGCUACUUUCUCAGAAGGACGCCGACGGUAAGGAGAGGCCGCUGAGAUUCGAGAGUUGUACGCUCAACACCGUUGAACGCAACUAUAGCCAAUUCAAGAAGGAGGUGUUAGCUGCCAUACGGUGCCUAGACGCCUUCAGACACUACAUAUACGGAAGACGAUUCGUCCUACGUGUAGAUCCUACCGCUGUGGCGUCAGUUUUACAAAAGGACUUUAGUCUGACCGACCCCACUAUUGCACGAUGGGUGAUCAGGAUUGGACUCUACGACUAUACUGUAAAGAGGAUCUCGGGUAUGAAGAAUGCGGUAGCCGACGGACUUUCACGAAUACCAAUUGAGGCAGAGCGGCCAAUAGUUGGAGCAACACUGACUAUGAUUGAGCCUAGACGUACGGAUCGUUUCCUAGUCAACCUUUAUGAAGGUAAGUACCGAACGAUAGGAUUGCAUCUAUCGUGAGAGGAGAGUUCAGAUUAAAAAAUCAGGAGACAGGCAACUCAGUAUUGCCUUAGAUCUGGACAUUUAUUCUGCAGACCCACAGGGUCAGGGAUGCCUCUGCGAGUGGUCUGUGAUCCCGAGGAGAAGCAAGUGAUAGUAGCGGAGCUUCACGACG